AUGCCUUCAGUUAUCAUCUUUGGUGCAUCUGGCUUUGUUGGCGCUCCCUACACAAGAGCCCUCAAGCAAGCCCAUCCAGAUUGGCAGAUCACCGCCUACGUCCGAAGUACAAACCCCGAUCUCAAGGCCUCACUUAACGCAGACCGGAUCAUAAUUGGCGACUUCACCGAUUUCGACAAAGUGAAAGCUUCCAGCGCUGAACAUGAUAUCGCUGUUAACGCAGGCAACUCAUUCACCUCCGAACCGGUCGCCGCUAUCAUCGCUGGCCAAAAGGAACGUGCGACCAGAGGAAAAGUAAUUCACAUCAGCGGUGCAGGGAACUUUAUCGACUUUGGAACGUCUGGAAACUUGAAUCCUGAGAGCAAGGUCUGGAACGAUGCGAAUGAAGACGACAUCAAGGCUAUCCACAAAGACAUGUUCAAUGGACAGUCCGAUACGCUUGUUCUCGAGGCUGAGGGAAUCGAUACCUGGAUUGUCUGUCCCUCGGUCGUUUAUGGAGGCGCCAGUACCGGAUAUAAGACGAUGGGUAUCGGGUACAGUCUUCUCACAGGCAACGCGAAGCCUUUGGGAUAUGUUCCUUAUGUCGGUGAUGGAACAGCCAUCGUAAGCACGACACAUGUCCUUGACCUCGUUGAUUUCCUCGUCAAGAUCUCUAAUGUAGCCGCCCAAGGCCCUGCUGAAGGUACACAAUACAGCCGAUACUACCUCCUCGAAACUAGCCGAGUCGCUUGGAAGGACUUGGCCACCCAGCUUGCCAAGGAGAUGCAUGCACGGGGCAUCUUCACAUCUGCUGAGCCUAAGAGUGUUCCCUUUGAAGAAGCUGGUCAGGGAGAGAUCAAGCAUCUUGUCGGGGCAAACAUGCUCAUCAAGGGUGACCGUGCUGCGGCGAUGGGCUACAAGGCAAAGCAUCCUAGUAUUCUGGAACAGAUUCACGAGGAUUUCAAGGAGUUCCCUGUCUAG